AUAAUGCAAGAAUGCAGGUCUAUAUCACCGCAAAUAUAAAGCCAAUUAUUCCAUUCCAUUGCGUGCUAAUUGAACUUACAUUACAGUGAAGAAAAUGAAAGCGUUUACGGUGCCACUAUUACUUCUUUCCGUGUGUUUAUAUCCGUGUUAUGGUGCAAGAAUAUUAGCCGUCAUCGCUGUACCAUCCUACAGUCAUCAAGUUUUCUUCCGGCCAUUAUGGCGUGAAUACCUCGCGCGUGGUCACGAAUUGACACUGAUAACCACUGAUCCAAUGUCAUCGGAAGAUCACCAUCCAAACCUGCGACAAAUUGACGUUAGUAUGGUCUAUGAUAACGCCGAAGCAACUUUUGACCACGUCAUGAAUCUCCGCAGUGACAAAUUCGCAGAAGUUAACUUUCUGUUUGAGUAUGUACUGAAUGCGACACGUAGGGAACUUAUGCAACCAGACGUACACGAUUUGCUUAUGAAUAAGUCGCAUGAAUUUGAUCUGUUGAUUAUUGAAGAUAUUGCUCCGGAAAUGUACGUUUUUAAGCAUCGGUUUGACGUGCCUUGUAUUGCUGUGGCGUCAUUUGAUGUUCCACCAUGGACGCAUGAGUUUAUUGGUAAUCCAGUGCAUCCUUUGAUUUAUCCCACGGCGAUCAUCCCCAUUAAUAAUCUACAUGACGGUGUGAUAAAAAGAUUCGUGAUUGUUUUGUUUGAUUUUAUUGUUCGCAAAUAUUAUGAAUAUUAUCUGAUUGCAAGGAUGGAUCAUAUGAUAAGUGAAACAUUACCCGGGAAUUAUCCUAGUGUUUUGGAGCUGCAACAACGCGCGGACAUGUUGUUUACUAAUGCAAAUCCUGUUUUUUCAUGCGUGCGGCCAUUUACGCAAACUACGGUGUCUUUAGCUGGAGGAUUUCAUACAAAUCGAGCUCAAAACAUAUCAAAAGAUUUGCUCACGUUUUUAGACGACUCUUCCGAAGGUGUUAUAUAUUUUAGUUUGGGAACUAAUGUUAAAAGUAAAUUACUUUCUAAAAAACUUAGAAAUAUCUUUCUUGAUGCAUUCCGUCAAUUACCUUAUAAAAUUUUAUGGAAAUUUGAGUUGGAUUCACUGGAAAAUCAACCGGAAAACGUAAAAAUCAUCAAGUGGUGUCCCCAGCAAGCAGUUUUACGCCAUAAAAACAUAAAAGCAUUCAUCAGUCAAGGCGGGUUGCAGUCCCUGGAGGAAUCUUUACUUUCAGGAGUUCCGGUUGUAACAAUUCCCUUCUUUUUUGAUCAGGAAGGCAAUGCAAAGCAGGUGAUUGCAAGUGGGAUUGGUGUGGAGUUAAUGUACGAAACGCUUACCGUCGCGGAACUGAAGGCGGCCAUUUUGGAAGUGAUAUUAAAUGCCAAAUACCGAAAUAUGGCACGGAAACACGCGGAAUUUAUUAUGGACAGACCAAUGACGCCAUUGCAAGAUGCCAUUUGGCAUACUGAGUAUUUAUUAAGACACGGGAAUGUUAAACAUUUGAAGAUUGCUUCUAUUCCGUUUUAUCAGUAUUAUUAUCUUGAUUUGAUGGCAAUUACGCUGUGUGUUUUAUGUUUGUUCAUGUAUAUUACAUAUUUUCUCAUCAAAACUAUGAUAGGCAACUUAAAUAACAAUCAAAAAAUUUCCAAAAGAAAAAUUCAAUAAAAAACGCAUAAAAAUCA